GACGGGGCAGGAAAAGGAGUAAAACAAAAGGGGGAAAAUCGAGGGAAAAGCUAUAAAAUGGGGAGAAGAAAUGCCCUUUUCAUCAAACCAGCGAAGGCAUCCACAACUACGAAGAGAAAAUUACAUCGAGGGUAGACGAAUUACAACGAGGGGAGACGCAUUAUGGCUGGAUAUUAUAAUAACACCUAUGACACACCCCUAGUGUCGCCCCCAGACAGGAGAGGAGAAGAUCGACACGAGGCAGAUUCGAUGUAUUCUGAAAAUCCUUUGUUUAUAGCCGAUGAACAAGCCUACACGGAAACACAGCAUUACCGAAACCAGGAUAGAGAAAACGAUCAGCAAAAAGAAGGGGCGGAGCCCUCUGACAGAAAGCUGAAAUCAUCCAACCCCUACCACGCUGGAAAAGACGAGGAGGUAAAGAUGGGCUGGACUGUAAAACCAGAAGACAAAGACGACGACGUGGAAUCGGAAGUGCUCUUCAAAUGCCCAAUCAGCUUGAAGAAGGACCGUCCAAAAUAUCUCGUGGUAAAGACAUUCCGUAAACGCGUGUACGUGGAUGUCAGAGAAUAUUUUGUGAAAAACAAAGAAAUCCUACCAACCAAAAAGGGGUUGACUUUGACCAUGGCAGAAUUCCAAGCAUUGUGCAGGGAAAGACUAAACGUCCACAAGGCGGUACAAGGAAAAUUUAACAGAACCAUUGAUGGGGUUCGAGGUCUUGCUCAACGUUCACCCGCAAUACAUCCUUCAACGGAAGAUAAUGCAGCAACAUCAGCAACGGUAAGUGAACCUAACGUAACUUCAAAUACUUUAGUAAGAGAUGUGGGUACUAAGUGUAACCUCGCUAGCCAUGGAGUUCAUGCAGCUUCCGAUAUCGAAAAUAGGAAUUGGUCCGAUGAUGAGGAUUUUGUUAUUACAAAUCCCAAGACGGGUAGAGGUCAAAAGCGGCGCCAAGCUCCCUCUUUCAAAAAGGUUUGCGAUUCAAAAUCAAAAAAGUCUAAAUUGAGUACCAAAACAAAAAACAAAACCAAUAGACUAAAGCGUUCAAAGCGUAAGGUCCUUGAUUCACCACAGCCCAUAGAAAUCCAGCCGGAACGUUCAAACGUAGAGGGUGAACGGGCUAGGUUCAAUGCUGACUGGGAUAUUCCAGCCCCUGCCCACCAUACGGGUCCCGGUACAGAUUAUGUUUCGAGCCAUGUACCUCCACCCCAUGUCAAUUAUUUUUUCUCAUCGGACGAGGAGGAAGAAGCUGAAAUUCAAAUCCGAGAAUCAACAAGAACUGUUCAAAGGGGUGGUAUGAAAAUAAAUUCUAAUCCAGAGACGAUUGAUAAAACAAAGGGUGGUAAACGUAAAACAAAGUCAAAUCAUCUACCCACUAAUGACCUUCAAAAUGAUGAGUCAUCCGGUCCAAACAUUGUUCAUGAAGACUCCUCCAUUGAGGACGAAGAAUUAUUAAACGCACCCAGAUGGCAAUUUGUUGAUUCUCGGAUUUCAAAACGGUUUGGGGUUCGUGAAUCCUGGUACGAUUUUGUGGGUGACAUUCAAAAUUGUACUUCGAUCUGUGAUGUCCUUUAUUACAUCGAAUCUUCCCUCGAUGAAUUGAGAACCCUUCUUUUGAGAGAUACAUCGGAAAGGGAUUUUGUACGAUUAGUAUUAGUGUCUGAGCAGUUGAACGUUCCGAUUGGGUUUCCAUGGGCUAUGAUUAAGGACUUUGACAUUAACGCUAUUCUCGAACGCAUAGAGCGUGUCCUGAAUAGCAAUCAAGACUUUAUUUUGAAACCUGGUUUCACAAUCAGGUUCCAUCAUGUCCUCAACCCCGUGGGUGGCUAUGUACGUAAAAUGGAUGGUUUGAGAGAUGGUGAGGCAUCCCUUCGUAAAAGGUCCAUCAUCACCAUACCCUCGAGUAAGGCGGACAAAACCUGCUUUGCGAAUGCGCUAGUUAUUGCGAGGUAUUAUGCAAAUAACAAUAUUAAAUACAAGCAAUGGUCUCGCACCGACAGAGAACCAACAGCGAGAUUGCAAAAGGAAGCUGCAAAACUCCAUGAACUGGCGGGUGUUGAAGUAGGUGAAGUGGAUUCCACGCAUUAUGCCAGAUUUCAAGAGGUAUUACACCCCGAGUAUAGGUUAGUCAUCUAUAGAGGUCGCAAAAGACACGCGAUGAUAUAUGCCGGUCCCCCCGCUGAAAAAACGUUGUACUUGUAUCUGACAGAAUCGUCGCAUUACAAUGUCAUUAAAAACAUGUCGGCAUUUCUGUGUGCUAAGAACUAUUGUAAGAAAUGUUUAGAAGUAUUCAAUGACCCUCGGUAUCACGAAUGUUGUGAAACGUGUCCUGAUUGCUUUUCCGAUGAUUGCGAUCGUAACGAUCGAGCCAAGCGCUCACCUCGCACAUGUUUAGAAUGUCAUAUGACCUUUCUAACGGAGCGCUGCUUUCAGUUGCAUAGCGUUACCCCCUUCAACAACUCUACGGCUUGCAAUACCAAAAACAAAUGCCCAAAAUGCGAGCGCGUAUUUGAUAAAGAUGUAUUCCAUGGGAGGGUGGAUGAUCACGAGUGUUCCCAAAUAUUUUGCAGAACAUGUAAAGACUAUGUAGAUGGCCCCACCCAUGACUGUUAUAUGAAAGUGACAAAAGAGAGCCCCUAUUACGUUCCUUCCGAGAAAGAAGCAACAAUGAUGGAAAUAUUUGCGAACAUGAAGAAGAAGAAACUAAAAAAGAAACAAAAAUCCAAAGACAAAAAGUCUGCGGAGGAACAUGAGAUACCCGACCCGGGUCAACUUUACAUCUUUUUUGACUUUGAGUGUACCCAAAACACGGGAUCGCAUGUUCCCAAUCUCGUCCACGCUACGUGGGAAUGUACCAAUUGUAUGGAUGGUCCAACCCUUCAAUCUGGGGAUAACCAUUGUCCAUUUUGUGACCGUCAUGGGAAGAGGGGGAUAACUUUUCAAGGGAAGGACACUUUAGACAAAUUUUGUGAUUGGCUAUUUUCCGAAAGUCACGCUGGUGCCGUGGCCAUUGCACACAACAGCAAGGCGUACGACUCUUAUUUUCUCCUCAAUCAUUUGAUUAGUCAAGGGAUCAUCCCUGAAGUGAUCAUGAAUGGGGGGAAGAUCAUGAGCCUACGUACAAAAGACCCUCAAAUCGUCGUCAAAGACAGUCUCAAUUUCUUUCAGAUGGGGCUAGCAAAAUUACCCAAAACGUUUGGCAUCGAAGGAAUGAAAAAAGGUUUCUUCCCUCAUUUGUUCAAUAAAGAGGAAAAUGAAAACUAUGUAGGUCCCCUCCCAGACAAAAAGUACUACGGUACAAAUAGUAUGAUGAAAAAUGUCCUCCAGGAGUUCAAUGAAUGGUACGACAGCAUGCCCAAAGACUACGUCUUUAAUUUCCAGCAUGAAAUUAAAGAGUACUGUGAAAGUGAUGUUAACAUUUUACAUAAGAGCUGCAAAAUAUUCAGGAAACACUUCAAAGAAAUCAGUAAAACCAAAACGAAUGAGGAGGGUAUAGACCCCUUUCUACGGUGUCUCACUCUGCCGAGUGCAUGCAACCUCCUCUUUCGCACAAAUUAUUUAAAACCAGACACCAUCGCGCUCAUCCCCUCCGAUGGAUACACCAAUCCUAAGCGCCAUUCGGUCAAAGCGGGGGAAUGGUUGCAUUACAAGGCCCAAGAGUUAGGGAUAGAAAUACGGCAUGCUUUCAAUGGCGGCGAGCGUAAAGUUCACGGGCGCUAUGUCGAUGGCUACGCAGAGGUAGGGGAUGAGAAACACAUCUUUGAAUUUUUAGGGUGUUACUUUCAUGGAUGUGAAGUGUGCUAUAAAUCCGAUACCGUCAAUCGGCGUUGUAAUAAAAAAAUGGGAGUACUAUACAACGAGGCAAUGCAUAGGGUACAACUUUUGGAGAAUGCAGGCUACAACGUGACCACGGUAUGGGAACACGACUGGAAUAGGGAGAGGAUUGAGCCAACGGUGAUGCCUAUAAUUGAAGAUCUAAAAGAAACUUUCAAAAAUCCACUAAACCCAAGGGAUUCAUUUUUUGGGGGUCGUACCGACGGUUGCUCUUUGUAUUACAAAGCUCAACCGGACGAACAAAUAUUAUAUUACGAUUUCACGAGUCUCUACCCCUACAUUAAUAAGUUUGGGAAAUAUCCAGUCGGUCAUCCGAGAAUUCUACAUUCAAAUUUCCCACCUGUCGAUCAAAUCUUUGGCCUCAUCCAGUGCGAGAUAACUCCUCCUAGAAACCUAUACCAUCCCGUCCUCCCAUACCGUUCCUCCGACAAGCUAACCUUCCCUCUGUGUGGCGCAUGCGCAGAUGCGCUCAACCAAAAACAAUGUACGCAUUCAGACAGCGAGCGGAAACUGAAAGGCGUGUGGGUAUCCGAAGAGCUGAAAAAAGCUUUGGAAAAGGGUUAUUAUGAUUUGAAAAUAACCGAGGUGUGGCAGUUUGAUCGUUACUCCCAAUACAAUGAAGAAAUGCACUCAGGAGGACUUUUUACGGGCUAUAUCGAGGCUGUCAUGAAAUUGAAACAGGAGGCGUCGGGAUAUCCCGUCGAUGCUAAGACACCCGCUGAACGAGAACAAUAUGUUAAAGAGUAUUACGAGCACGAAGGAAUCUUACUGGACCCUAAGAAAAUAAUGAAAAAUCCCGGUCUUCGUGCUAUCGCUAAAAUGAUCAUCAAUGUCCUUUGGGGGAAGUUCGCCCAACGUAAUAAUCUAAGACAGACCCUCUAUUUGAGUACCGCGGCAGAAUUGCUGAAACAAUUAAAUGACGAAACGGUGAUAGUACAUGAUAUUCUCGUUCUUAACGAGCUGUUACAGCUCAAUUUCACCAAUGCCGAAGGUUUCGUAGACCAGAAUGUGAAUACCAACGUCAUCAUCGCUAGUUUCACUACAGCUAUGGCAAGGCUGAAACUAUAUUCGGUUCUUGAGAAGCUGGAUGACAGAGUGUUAUACCAUGAUACAGACAGUAUAGUAUUUAGGACGAACCCUUCGCUCGAACCCUUUGAUCCCAAGACGGGUAAUUAUCUAGGUGAUUUAACCGAUGAAAUUGACCCUGCUCAUGAAGAAUUUAUCGAUACAUGGGUCUGUGCAGGUCCUAAGAAUUACAGUUACAAAACAAACAAGGGGAACGCCGUGUGCAAAGUGCGGGGUUUUACCCUGAACGAUGCAAAUUCAUUAAUAAUAAACCAUGACACGUUAAAAGAACUGAUUCAAUGUAGUGAAAAUAGCAAACGAACGAUUCAUGAAUCCAGAAUCGUACGGGAUGUCGCAUCCAAGACCAUUCAUACGGUUCAACGAAAGAAAGAUUAUAGAGUAGUUUUCACUAAAAGGGUUCGAGUGGGGGAUGAUGGCGUCAAAACAUUGCCCUACGGUCACGAGGACAUACAGUAAAUAUAAAAUGAGGUAUUUAUCCCUCGUUCAGACCUUUCAAUUUCAUUUUACCGUAAACCUUUGCACGGAGAGGUUGUUAUUUUUCAAAGAUUAUUUAAAGAUGGAUAGUUCGAAUUUUCGCCGUAUGCGACGGGACUUUGUCAGGCGUAUUCCUCAGAAUACAUUCCGUAUGAAUUUUCUAAUCGUUGUCCUUUUAGUAUUUAUUUUCUUUGCGAGCUUUUCUCUCGAUAUAUUACUCGUGAGGCAAGUCGAUGGCAAUACUACAAUGCCGUGGUCGUAUUUAAAUGCUUCUUUUCCCGAAGAAAGCUUCAGUAGUUCAUUUUCUGUAGACUGAACGAUAUCGCUUUUUUUAAGCGGUCUUCUAUUUUUUUCUUUUUACAUUUGAAUGUAUUAGGUAAUGAUUUUCUAUGAUAUUAUUGUUAAUGUAUAAGAAAUUAUCAAACCCACAUCUCUUACUGUAAAGUUACGUUAAGUUCACUUACGACUGUUUUGGUGUUGUUUUUUUCUGUCAUUAUUAACCAUUAUUUAUUUUUAUAGCAUGGAUGUUCGACUGAGGCAUCCUUUCACCAUGUGUGUUGUCGGUCCUACCUUUUCGGGUAAAACUGUUUUCGUGAGGAAACUAUUGAAACUUAUUCCCUCUAUGUUUGAUCAAACCCCACAAAGGAUAGUAUGGUUUUACGGUGAAUUUCAAAAAGAAUAUUCCACGAUGAUGAAUACUAUUCCAAACAUAGAAUUUCACGAAAAUUUACCCGAAGAUUUCUAUGAAUUUACGGAUAAUGCGAAACCCACGCUCUUUAUUAUCGAUGAUCUGAUGGAUGUUGCGGGUGAUAGUAAAAAGGUUGCUGCGUUGUUCACGAAGGGGUGUCAUCAUAGAAACGCCAGUGUUAUUUAUAUCAGCCAGAAUUUAUUUCAUAAGGGAAAAGAGUCGAGGGCAAUUUCACUCAAUACCCAAUACUAUUGUUUAUUUAAAAAUUGUAGAGAUAAAAUGCAAAUAUCGUGUUUAGCAAAGCAGAUGUAUCCCGGUCGUGUUAAAUAUUUUCAAGAAGCUUACACCGAUGCCACCAAAGGAAAAUACGGCUACCUUUUCAUCGAUCUAAAACCAGACACACCCGAGAACUUCCGUUUAAGAACCAACAUCUUCCCGGGAGAAACGCAGUUUACCUACAUUCCGAAAGUAUAAAUGAACAUUUCACACCGGAGCUUCAUUAUUAUCUGAAGAUGUCCCGUCGCGUCAGGACACACGCUGUUCUUCUCAAGACCCUGGCCCAUUGCACCGCCAAGCAGCGACAGGCAUUAUUGAAAACAGCCGACAAAGGACUCGUAGAUGCUAUCUGUGAAUGCAUCGUCAACGUUAUAAACGGUAACAUCAAACUUUCACCUUCUCACAAGCGUUCACUCUCCAAACACAAACAUAAGCUGAGGAAGCUUUCUGAUCGCCGAACCUCUCUCAGGGAGAGAAAGAAGCUCCUCAAUCAACGCGGAGGUUUUCUUCUACCGUUGUUAAUGAGACUUGUUGUCCCAGCUGUGGGGGCAAUCGCCAACGCUUUCACGGGUAAGAGAUAAUAACGGACAGGAAUCAUGGACCAUGCCCGUAAAAUGGUGCUCAUUCCACCCACCAUGCUACAAUCUUUACAAGGGGGUCCCUCUACGUCUACACACCACCCGUUGGAUGAACUUGACGAGAAGAUGCGCACGAUUCUGGACAGGAAGGACUUGAACGUUCAUGAUAAAGCAACCAUGUAUUCUCAAUAUUUACAAACAUUUCUAAAGACGUCGGACAAUUUAAGGAAACCCUUACCCAUAGAGGUUCGAGAUGUUCAACCCCUAGACAUCAAAGACGGGAUGGAAGUGGAGAGCCCAGCUGUGAAGGACCGUGAGCAGUCCGAUCCCAUUGAACUCGAAAUUAUACAACAUAUUCCCAAGUCUUUCGUAAACCGUGCUCACCAACUUAUUCAAAAGUUAAAGAUAAAUCCUACCAUUGGAUGGACUUCAGCCGGUCAACUUGUCAUUCAUGGGAGACCCGUCAAAGGGAGCAAUCUUUGUGAUUUAAUGUACGACAUCUUCCGCGAACGACGAGGCUACGUACCUAGCGGUAGUGAACAAUUUAUGCGGAUUCUGGCUGAGAUGAAUGUUCCAGAGACUUUAUUGAGUAACCCUAAAAGAAGACAAGACCUUCAACGAUGGAAGCGGCUGGACGGCAUGGAGGAGGAGAAGGAGGAGGAGAGUCUGGUAGAUCGUAAUGAAAAGGUAGCCACACGAGCAGGACCUGGUACAUUUGUAAAUAGUACUAGACCCCUAAAAGAACGUGAAAGAAAGUCUAACAUUGAUCCUUUAUCCCAAAAGUGGAUGCAUUUUUAGAUGAUGCGUAAUGGUUUCAGUCAUCCAUACUCCCGUGGUAAAACGGGCAAACGGCCAAAUGGCAAAACGGUCAUUUGAGCAAAUCAUUGAUCUAUAGAUAUGUUAAUAUAGACACCAAUGUCAGCCUGGCAUAGUAUCGCAUGAUAAUGCAAACUAGAUUCUGUAUGCGUUUUGUUGUUAGUUGUAGAGGAGUUGUAAUUUUUUAUAUUUCUUUUUAUAUUUAGGACUAUGUUGUAUGAUGAUGUUUAAAGUGUUUUUUUGUAUGUAUAUAAUUAUAGAGAUACAAUUCAUUUCUCCGUUCGUAAGACUAAAUUUCAUGGAGAUGUAAAUAGUCCUUCAUGGUGUGUUUUUUCCCUCGUUAGUUUAUAUAGCUUUAGAAUAAUCGUAAGUGUAUAUACGUGAACUCUAUUUAGGGGGAGUAAAUUCAUCCUAGUAUGAAACAAAUUCAAAAAGUAAACGAUAUACCUAUGUAAUGUAUAUAGAAUUAUUUAAAUCGUAGUAUAGAUGAUUAUUUAUUUUUUAUCUCACGAAGCCUUUUAGAGGGUAGAGAAUUGUUCUCCCUAAAAGAAUUUAACUUAAUCAACGUAAAUUUAGAAGAACUAAAUAAUUCUUAAGAAACCUGCUGUAUAUAGACACGAAAGAAAAUAGACAUUUUCACAAAUGAAAUAUUGAUUUGAUGUAACUCUUUAUUCAUUAUUAAAAGACAUGUUUACAAUGUA